GUUGUUGGUGAUCAAUUCUGUACGGCAUUGAAUAAUUAAAUUUAAAGUGGACUUUUAAUGAUUUUAUUUUCCCGGUGGGAAAACGGCGCGCAUGGUCGCACAGGCUUCUUCACUUUUUAUUCUCUCUCUCGUCCGCUCCUUUCCCCCCGAUUUUCCCCGGCCGACGUCGUUUUCCCGACGCCGCCGCCAGUGAUCAAUCGCACGCGCCAUGGAGAGCGUCGCGACGCUGACGCUGUGAGCUGGGGGGACGGCAUCGCUGAAACGAAAACAACACACCCGAGAGCGAAUGGUGGUGGUGAACCGCAGAGUCGAUCAACCGUAAUCAAAGUAAUUAAUUGGAUACCUUUUGGAGUUGUGAAAGGAUGUAAAAGUGGUCGAGAGAGACGACGGAGCGUGUUAGGUCGAGAUGACCCGAGACGGGGACAUCCCCACGAUCUUCAAUCCGCGAAGGAGUCGAGCGCCCAGCGUUCUCGUUACGGACGAGGGCGUCUCCAACGGUCCGUUCACCCAUGCGGAUUCGGUGGGUAGCCAGCAGGAGGCGACGGCAGAUCAGCCGCUGUCGCCGCUCACCACCAAAUACAAGACCUGCUCGGACUCCCUCUGUUCUUCGUCCGCCAGAAAGAUCUACUUCGGGAUUUGGGUGACGAUAUGCGUGACGGCGUCGUGGGUGGGUGCCACCCACUGCAUCAAGUACCUGUACAUCAUGAAGCCGGUGGAGUACGACGAAGCUAUGGUCCUGGCGCCGCAGGAUGGCGCCGGGGUCAACGUGACCGCCAUCCAUAAUCAUUACAUUGCCACGUACAAAGCCCCAUUCUUCACCACUUGGUUCGUGACCAAUUGGACCAUGCUCUUCUUUCCGCUCUACUUCGUCAGUAGGCUGGGCAGCAGGAGGUGCGAGUCGCCUUCGGACAUCCUCUCCGAGAGCAUCAGAGACUUCAGGGACAAGGGGUUCACUGCAGGGAGAUUCUUGACGCGGUGCAGCCUCUUCUGCUUGCUCUGGGUUGGAACCAAUUACAUGUACAUCAGGUCGCUGCACAUCCUGCUGGCCACCGAUGUCAUGGCCCUCUUCGCCACGAACAUCUCCUUCGUAUACCUUCUGUCCUGGGUGAUUUUACACGAGCAAUUUGUUGGAAUCAGGAUAAUGGCUGUGAUAUUGUGCGACACAGGAGUCGCCCUCUUGGCGUACAUGGACGGCAUCACCGGAAGUCCGACGUUGGGUGGCGUCGUCCUGGCGACUUCCGCCGCCGCCGGAUCCGCCGUCUACAAGGUGCUCUUCAAGAAAGUCAUCGGAGACGCGACCUACGGCCAGGUCGCACUCUUCUUCUCCCUAAUCGGGAUGCUCAAUGCGGCGCUCCUUUGGCCAUUGAGCCUGGGGCUUUUCCUGACCGGCCUCGAGACGCUCCACUGGGACCGCUUGCCGUGGCCGGCGCUCCUCGCCGCCAGCGCCCUCUCUUUAGUUGCCAACCUGCUAGGAAAUUUCAGCGUAGCCCUCACGUACGAUCUCUUCAUAACGUUGGGCCUAAUCACCGCGGUUCCAGUAUCUGCAGCUUUGGACGUGGUGCUGUACGGAGCGCAGUUCGAAGGAAUGAAGUUGGCUGGAAUGAUCCUGAUUGCAGUUGGCUUCUUCCUCGUCAUGUUCCCCGACAAUUGGCCGGAUUACAUAACGCGGCUGCUCAGAAGAACGACGCGAAUCUUCAGGGGCAAGAAAUAUCAUCAUGUUGAGUCACAGUGCCAGCAGACCUCGUUUCUACUGGCAAGAGGAUCCUUUGCCCACAUCUUCGGUGCACCAACAUUAACAUCCACACGCCGUGGAGCAGGAGGAACCGGCACGGGGUCCAGGGUCCGCACCGUCGGGACGUCGUCGACUAUCGCACUGGAUACAUCCGAUCGCACCUCCGGUCGCCCUCGGGAAGGGUCAGAUGACCGCAUCUGGACCUGGUGCAAUGAGUCACGGCGAACUCGAUCUGUAAUCCAAGUAGGAGAAGGGGAAAGAGGAGGAGAAGGAACAGGAGAUGCGAAGAAGAAGGAGAAGGGGUCAACGACGACCAUCCACGAGUGAAGACGACGAUGAGCAAAGGAACACCAACACCUCACCACAACUAAAUACUGCUAAAUUAUCAUUAAUCCCGUACUAGACAAUUUUUAUCAACAAAAGAAAGAAAAGUAAACGAGGGAUACUUCGAGGAUACUACCAGUAGAUCGUAGGUUUUAUUACUCUCGAAGACAUUUACAUUAUACGGAUUUCUUAGACUGACUAAGCAAGUGCGAAACAUUUAAUACAUAAUGAAACAUAUCUAGUCGGAGAUGGAAGCGAAUAAAGCAAAAUUUUAGGUAUCCUAGUAGUUAGCUAAUAUAAAUAUAUACAGGGUGUAUACACAAACUCCAACUAUGUUAUAUUUCAAUGAUUAAGCAAUUUUAUCGAAAGGCAAUGGUUUAGAAUUAACGAAAGCAGACAUAUCCCAGCAACGUUUAUAGGACCAAUAAUAUUUGUAAUAACUCACGUAACUAAAAUUUGUAAUGUUUUUUUCCCAAUCCAAUUAUUGUUAUAUCAAUUGAACGGUCCAUGUUUUAGUGUGUAAACCAAGCUGAUGUACAUCCUGUAUGUGUAAGAUAUCCGUUCACUAUUGUUAUUACUACUGUAAUAGUAGAUUUCUUCUAUUUUUUAUUAACUUAUCAAUUAUGUAUUAGAGAAUUCUAUUCGAGAGAU